AUGGGGCGCCUGACGGAGGCGGUGGCAGCGGGCGGCGGCGCUUCAGAGGCGCGCUCGGCCGGGUCCCCUCCCGCUCCCCUGCCCCUCUCGUCCACGUCCCCCGGCUGCGCGGCCGCCAUGGCGUCCAGCGAGGAGGACGGCACCAACGGCGGCGCCUCGGAGGCGAGCGAGGAGAGGGAGGCGGUGGGCAAGCGGAGGCGCCUGGGCUUGUUGGCCACGGUCUGGCUCACCUUCUACAACAUCGCCAUGACCGCGGGGUGGUUGGUACUGGCUAUUGCCAUGGUACGUUUUUACAUGGAAAAAGGAACACACAAAGGUUUAUAUAAAAGUAUUCAGAAGACACUUAAAUUUUUCCAGACAUUUGCCUUGCUUGAGAUAGUCCAUUGUUUAAUUGGAAUUGUACCUACUUCUGUGCUUGUGGCUGGGGUCCAAGUGAGUUCAAGAAUCUUCAUGGUGUGGCUCGUUACUCACAGUAUAAAACCAAUCCAGAAUGAGGAGAGUGUGGUGCUUUUUCUGGUCGCGUGGACGGUGACAGAGAUCACUCGCUACUCCUUCUACACAUUCAGUCUUCUCGACCACUUGCCAUACUUCAUUAAAUGGGCCAGAUAUAAUUUUUUUAUCAUCUUAUAUCCUGUUGGAGUUGCUGGUGAACUUCUUACAAUAUAUGCUGCCUUACCAUAUGUGAAGAAAACAGGAAUGUUCUCCAUAAGACUUCCCAAUAAAUACAAUGUCUCUUUUGACUACUAUUAUUUUCUUCUUAUAACCAUGGCCUCAUAUAUACCAUUGUUUCCACAACUCUACUUUCAUAUGUUACGUCAGAGAAGAAAGGUGCUUCAUGGAGAGGUGAUUGUCGAAAAGGAUGAUUAA